UUUGUCAAGCAGAUGACAAAACGAAAAAACAUUUUUUUUGCACGUUUCUUUGUCCAAUACCGGUGUGAGAAUCAUAGAAAGCGUUUCGAUUUAACAACAAUUUCUAGAAAAAUCUUAACAAUUUAUUAAACAUAUUUAAAGAUUAGUUAAAACAUAAUCAACAUGUCCAGCCAAGAGGAACAAUACGAUAAUAUUUUAUUGGCCAUGGCCCAAAAACAUCCAGGUGGUAUGCCCGAUUUUCUAAAAACUUUUGCUGGUUUCUUAAGGCGUAGAAGUGAUUUCUAUGUGGGCGAUUGGGAAAAACUUAUCAUGGAUAUUUUGCGUAAAGAGGCAGAUGUUGCUAUGGGCGAACACAAGGAAAAAAUGAAAAAGCAGGAGCAAGCCCAAAAACUUAAAGAUGAAAAAGAACAACAACAAAGAGCUGCCCGUGAAAAAGAAAUGUCGGAAAGUAAAAUUUGUGAUAUUACGGAUGAGGAGGCUGCUGAAAUUAUCAAGGAGGAAGAGAACAAAAAACGUCAGAAACUUUUGAGUGAAGCCACUGCUGCGGAUGGUACUGCUCCGGUGUCAGUUGAGGAGCAGAAAUCGCAGCCUAUCGAUAAAGUAGAAGAUGAAUCUGAAAAGAGUGAGGUGGGUAAAUUGUUACCAAAUUCCGGUAACGGUUGUACGCUCGACAAAUACAUGUGGACACAAACAUUGGGUGAAGUUGAGAUUAAAAUUCCAUUUACUGUAACAUUCAAUUUGAGAGCUCGUGACUUGGUGGUGGACAUACAAAAGAAAACACUUAAGGUGGGCCUUAAAGGUCAAGAGCCCAUUAUCAAUGGUCAAUUGUGUGCCGAUGUUAAGGUGGAGGAAUGUCUGUGGGUAUUGCAAGACAGUAAAACUGUACAAAUUACCUUGGAAAAGAUAAAUAAAAUGAAUUGGUGGAAUCGUUUGGUUAUGACUGAUCCAGAAAUUUCUACACGCAAAAUCAAUCCAGAGCCCUCAAAACUCUCCGAUCUACAAGGUGAAACCAGAGGUUUGGUGGAGAAAAUGAUGUAUGAUCAGCGUCAAAAGGAAAUGGGUCUGCCCUCCAGUGACGAUCAAAAGAAACAGGAUAUUUUGGAAAAAUUCAAACAACAACAUCCUGAAUUGGAUUUCUCUAAAUGUAAAUUUAAUUAGCAA